UCUGAACAUGGAGGUUCUAUGCAACCCAUCAAGGCCGCCGCUUAAAUUGCCAGAGGUGGAGAAAACCCUGCGUGGAAGGGGGGCGCGAGUAAAAACAUGGGCUGCCCUAAGCAUAGAGCGCCAGGCGCAGCUCAUGCAACUGCCAGCUAUGAUGAACUCGAGCGGAGCGACCGCCCAGUCCUUCCCGAGUCCCGUGCAAUUUCCAGGAGGCACCACCGUCUUGGUAGAGCUCACUCCGGAUAUUCACAUUUGUGGACUAUGCAAGCAACAGUUCAAUAACUUAGAUGCUUUUGUUGCUCACAAGAGAAGCGGCUGCCAGCUCUCCAGCACAGCAGCUGGGACUACUAGCACAGUACAGUUUGUGUCGGAAGAAACGGUGCCAACAGCACAAGCACAGACCACAACCAGAACCAUCACUUCAGAAACCCAAACGAUCACAGUUUCUGCCCCAGAGUUUGUGUUUGAGCAUGGCUACCAAACCUACCUACCUGGAGAGAACAGUGAACCUCAGACUGCCACUGUGGUCACGCCGCCGCCAAAGCCGCGCACAAAGAAAACCACCACAUCAACAGCACAAAAGAAACUCAACUGCUACUAUCCAGGCUGCCAGUUCAAGACAGCUUAUGGUAUGAAAGACAUGGAACGACAUUUCAGAACACACACAGGUCAGAAACCCCAUAAGUGUGAAGUUUGCAGCAAGAGCUUCAGCCGCAAAGACAAGCUGAAGAUGCACAUGCGAUCCCACAGUGGGGUGAAACCUUACAAGUGCAAGCACUGUGACUACGCAGCUGCUGAGAGCAGCAGCCUGAAUAAGCACCAGCGAAUCCAUUCCAAUGAACGCCCUUUUAAAUGCCAGAUCUGCCCUUAUGCCAGCCGUAAUUCCAGCCAGCUUACUGUUCAUCUGAGAUCCCAUACAGGAGAUGCCCCCUUCCAGUGUUGUCUGUGCAGCGCCAAAUUUAAAAUCAACUCAGACUUGAAGAGGCACAUGCGUGUGCACACUGGGGAGAAGCCCUACAAAUGUGAAUUCUGCAACGUGCGCUGCGCCAUGAAAGGCAACUUGAAGUCACACAUCCGCAUCAAGCACAACAUGGAGAACAGCUUCAAGUGCCUCGAGUGCGAGUUCCAGUGCGGGAACAAGACCAGCUUGCGGCAGCACCUGCGGACCCACCAGCCGGAGCAGCCCGUGAAAUGUUCCGAGUGCAGCUACUCCUGUUCCAACAAGGCGACCCUCAAGGUGCAUGAGAGAAUCCACUUCAAAGACCGCCCUUUCAAAUGCGACUUCUGCACUUUUGACACCAAGCAGCGGAGCAACCUGACCACCCACAUGAAGAAGGCACACAGAGACAAGGUCAAGGUCAAGAAGAAAGCCACCGAGAAGACGGCGGAGGGAGACAGGCUGAAGGAAGGCAGCUCCAGGCAAGUCGCCAAGCUGGAGGCCAAGAAAGCCUUCAAGUGCGAUCUCUGCGAGGCUUCGUUCGUCCGGGAAGAUUCUCUGAGGAGCCACAAGAGGCAGCACAUUGAGUAUAAUGGGGCAAAAAAUACAGGGCUGGCUGUUCUCCAGUUCCAGAUGGAUCCCACCACACAGGCCGGAGCGCCCAUCACUGUCAGCCAUCUCCAAGUCCCGCUCCAAGCCACCCCCUAUGGCGAAGGACAGGUCAAGAUAAUCGUCGGACAUCAGAUGCCUCAGGCCAGCAGUCUAGUGCAGGCGGCUUCGGUCAACAUUGUGCCUCCCACUUUAGUAAGCCCGAGUCAAGAAGAUCUCUCUGGCAGUAGCCAGUUGCAGAUACUGCAGCAGGUGAGCUUACUUGCUCCGCCUCUUCCCUCAGGGUCUCCGGCAGAAAGCCUGGCAUUGGGCCAGCCAGCGGUUCUUCUCACCACCCAUGAUCAAGCUGACAAAAGCGCUUUAAUUCCCGCCAUCCCAGUGGGCAGCCAUGAUGCCUCGGCUAGCCAGGCUUUCAUCAAUGGCUCUGAGAUCAGCUGCUCAGACUUGGAAGGGCUCAACGCUUUGAUCCAAGAGGGUGCAGGGGAAGUGACAGUGGUGAGUGAUGAAGACCAAAGCAUCACUGUCUCAACUUCAGCUCCCCCUGCACCCAUUUUUUCCUCCUCUUCUCACCCAGAAAUGCCAAAGCAGACCUACUCCAUCAUCCAGAGUGGAGCCCAUGCAAGUUUGCUGUGCCCUGCAGACUCCAUACCAGAUUAAUCUGGUGGGGCAGCGGGACUCUUCAUUCAGACCUCUGUUGGCACAUCAAUGUUGGCCUUAGAGAAUGUUCUAGAUUAGGGAGUAGAAAUCAGCAGGUGAAGCCCUGGUGUCAUAACACUGGCCGAUUUCUGUGCUCAUGCCCUCCUGGAAACAGAGUCCUCUUUCAUAGCAUGGCACACAUAACAAGUCCAGUGAUAUUGCUUUGGAGGUCGAAGGGGGAAGCAUGGGGUGCCAUGAAGGGGUGCCACUCAGUGGGAAUAGCCUCAGUGCGUAUGGCUCACCUUUUAUCCUUUCCUGAUCUAGUCAAGUCUGCACCGGCAUUGGAGGCAAGAAUGCUUCAUACCCAAUAGAUCUCAAAUACCUGUUCUUUAAUACAUCAAUCCCUACUUGAAAGUUACUAGGCCAGUUCUCACGAGUGAAAAGUGGGUUAGAGAAGCAUCCUAUCCAGCUUCUGGAGCUAUGCAUGUUCCUGAUUUUCAGUCGUGUGUGCAAAAAUCUAGGUAGGAGAAGGGGAAAGUGAUCCUGUGGGAGUUGAGUGCUGGUUUGGACAGUGUCAUCCUACCCAGCAACUCUACCUAGCAUAUUAUCAAGUGAAGGAAAAGCCAUCCGACCCACAGGUUGGUUCCCACAUGCUCACUUGCCCCUCGUAGGUUUUUGCAAAUAUACGACCAAAAAUCAAGAGCGUUCACAUAUGCCUAAGUCGGGUAGGGCACUUCUCUGACCCCACCUUUCGCUCAUGAGAACUGGCCCGCUGACUCAACGACUCAUCUAAUGAAAACAACUUGCUCUGAAAACAUCUUCAAGCUUUACAACGGGUUACAACCUUGAUGGCCUAAUGGGUGUUAUGGAAAUCCCCCCCCCCGCAACGUUUGCUUUCGUUUCCCAGAUUUUAAAAUCAUGUAGUACACCAAAUAUUUUUCCCCAAGCUUAAAUUAGUGGUUGAUGUGGUGCACAGACCUAACAGAGACAAGAGGGUAUUGCUAGGCUGCUGCUGUGGACGCAGAAGCAGUAGUACUGCUGGGAGGGACACCAGUUGUGCUGUGAGCAUUACCAUAGUUUCUCCAUGACCACCACAAUGCGAGAAGUAACGGUAAUGUUGGUAAUGUGGUCAGCGUCCUCCCCAGCCGCACUGUGUCCGCAGCAGCAGCAGUGCCUCAACACCCUUCCUUCUUAUAGGGCUGCACGUCAUGUCAGCCACUGACCUUGGACUAUAAGCCAGCACUACACUAAUCCCUGGUUUCAGUAGUACAGUACUAAGACAUAGUUGCUGGGUGCAAGAUUGCAUGAACAAUUCUUAGCACUGGGUUUUAGGUGGGGUUGCCACCACAAUCUUACUGACCCUGCUCCUCUGCCUUUUAAGGCAGCUUGGCAUGCAACAAAGUAGGCAAGUGAAGCCUGGCCUAGCACUGAGAUAAGCAGUGUGUCCGGUUGCUGUUAAAGGCAUAGGCCAGUAAAAAUAGAUGGCGACUCUAAUAUGGGGGCUCAAAGCAAAAGUUGGUUAAUUACAUUUUGAACAUCACAUGUGUCAUAUUGGGGCCGGGCAGGAACUACUGAACCAGGAUAAACUGUAUGUCAUUUUCCUCUGCAGUAGGACCAUUGAUUGAUUGAAGUGUGAUCUGGGUAUGUUGACCGUGGUUAGUUUGGUUAGAAUGUGGUUCUCCACAGCACAUCAAGCAAUGUUUUGUAACUUUGAGUAUCUCACGUAUUUGGGGAAUUAUUCUCAGGGCUGUUCUCAUGAGCAGCCAAGAUUGGGCUAGGGCAGCUAAGCACAGACAUGGCUGACUGUGGGACCCGUUGUUCAGCUCCUGGCGGUGCAUCAGCGACAAACUCGGCUAAGAAGCUGGACUGUUAAAUGAGGUUAAAGGAGCAAGUGCCUUAACUCCCUUAACCCCAUUUAAUUGACUAUGUGUCAGCACCAGCUGCUGGCAGGCAGGCGCCUGCCCCUCGCUGGGGAGAUCCCCACAAUGCACCACACACUCACACGGUGCAUUGUGGGAUUUCCAGGGGGCGCGGGACGGCAUGUCCCAACCCCCUCUCCAUCGCACUGCCUGGGGCAGCAGCGGAACAUCUGGGUGCUCAAUCCACAUAACCAGACCUGGCACUAGGAUCAUCUGUGGGGAAGGCGAGCUUCUGCGGCCUUCGCCGCCGUCCGCUGGCAAGCCUGCUCACAUGAUCGUGAGAAAAGGCUCUCAGUGGGCCACCAUUAGUGUAGAGCAUCCUAGAUCCUGAUGCCAUGCAGAUGGCUUAAUCAAUCAAAUAUUAGAUCUGGCCUACACUACUUGCAACCCAGUGAGCCUGACACAGCCAGACAUGUAAGCUUGUUAACCCUCCUCUCUUUGUUGGAGGUCUCUGGGACUGGCAGGCAUAAUCCAUGGCUGAGCUUGACUUGGUGAGUCACACUGCAUAAGCCUGCAUUAGAUCAUUACACUGGAACAGUUUGCUCCAUGAUCUCUUCCUGAUUUUAUCAUGUUUUGUUUCUAAAGAGUGCAUGCAGCAGAUGCAGGGUGGGAUCAUGCACUCUUUCUGUCUUUGUGUGUGUUUGUGAGGGGGAAAGCUGUAGUGAAUUAUUUUAAGUCAUCUAUAGGUGGUGCUAGAACUCAAGCUGAGGUUGGAACUGAAGGAUGUAACUUUAAGGAUAGGUUUAUAUAAUAGGUACUUCCUGUGAGAGAUGGAACUACUGUGGUUUCUUGCUUCAGCUCUUCCUUGUGUGCAAACAUUAGCUUAAGAAGAUCAUCUUUCCCAAGGAACCCUUUACUGCAAGGGUUGCCAGAUGUCCCAUCAGUAAGCAGUGGUGAAUUAAAUGAGAAGUUAUGAAAAUAAAGUUAUUCUUUGUUUCUUUGAA